CUCUAACUAACACAAUAAUUGAUAAUGCUGCGAUGACAACGAUAUAUACGUUCAUCAAUUUCAUUUACUUCAUGGGACGGUCAAGCACAAAUAAUUAGCUUUGGUUCUAGAAAGAAUACAUAAUUAGUAGCCAAUGUCACGUCACCUUCAUCUACAUACCGAAUCACCAUUGAAAUUUGUUUAGAGUCCUUUCCCUCUUUAAAACCAUAAUCUCACACUCAAACCUCCCCUGAGAGUUUCUUCCCCAUAGCAACUCUCUCUCUCUCUCUCUCUCUCUCUCUCUCUCUCUCUCUCUCUCUCUCAAAUGAAGACCAACCUUAACAACACCAACACAAAACUAAUCCUCCUCCACCCCUACAUCCUAAAACAAAGAACCCCAAACCGCCUCUGGCUCCUAGCCUUCCUUUCCUUCUCCACAAUAGCCUUCCUCCUCACCUUCAUCUACACUAAACAAUCCAUAUCAACCACCACCACCACCACCAUCAUCACAACGACGACCACCGCCGCCGCCACAACCACCACCCAUCCCCAACUAGCCCAACCCAUAAUCACCGCCCUCCUCCACUACGCCUCCACCUCCAACGCCACCGACAAAAUGUCCCACACAGACAUCAAACCCAUCUCCGACGCCCUCCGCCAGUGCCCUUCUUCCCCUUGCAACUUCCUCAUCUUCGGCCUCACCCACGAGACCCUCCUCUGGAAGGCCCUCAACCCCCACGGCCGGACCGUGUUCAUCGACGAGAACCGGUACUACGCCGCCCACGUCGAGGAGAACCACCCCGAAAUCGAGGUCUACGACGUCCAGUACACCACCAAGUUGACCGAGUGGAAAGAACUGAUCCAGUCGGCGAGGGAGCUGGUCCGGAACGAGUGCCGGCCGGUGCAGAACUUGCUGUUCUCGGACUGUAAGCUCGGGCUGAACGAUUUUCCCAACCAGUUGUACGAAGUGGAGUGGGACGUGAUACUGGUGGACGGGCCUAGAGGGUACUGGCCGGAGGCGCCGGGGAGGAUGUCAUCGAUAUUCACGGCCGGGGUUCUGGCGAGGAGCAAGAAGGGCGGCGGCGGUUCGAAGACGCAUGUUUUUGUGCAUGAUUAUAACAGGGAGGUGGAGAGGGUUUUUAGUGACGAGUUUUUGUGCAAGGAGAAUUUAGUGGGUAAGUCCAAGGAUAUGCUUGGGUACUUUGUGGUGGAGGGAAUGGAGGAGACUAGUGUACAUUUCUGUCGCAACCACACAUCAUGAUCAUGAGCUUAAUGACUCUCAUUAGUAUGAUCGUUAAUUAAAUUCAUCAUUACUGGGUCAAAUUGUAGGAGUUCAAAUCUUCGGUUAAUAAAAAGGUCUUUAAUUACCCGUAUUUGGGUGGAGUUCAGUCAUUAA